GUGGCUUCGUGCAAAGCACAACAAACGCGCGCGCACACACACACACACAUCAUCGUCAUCAAUACCUUUUUUUUUUCUCUGCGCAGAAACCACCUGAAAUUGUUUCUUUCUUUUGGUCAAUUACGGCGAGUGGAGCGCACCACUUGUCGAACACAUUGUCUUCUCUCACUCGAAACCACGGACGCCCACACGCAACCACGCUGAUGUCCGGCGACGAAGAUCCCAUGGUGGCUCUGGUAGAGUCGUGGGACACCUUUCUUGUCGAACCGAGCGGCGCAAGGAAGCAAGUUAGCUAUAGCGGCCCAGCCCAGAACGCCGGCGAGGCCGCCUUCUUCACACCAUCUACUUCACUCACCUCACGCACCUUUCUCAGCGAUGCACUCUCUCCUCUCUCUCUCCUCGACGAAGGCGAAGGCCAGGCAUUGACGUCCCCCUCCGCAUCUUCCACUGAUGCCGCCCCGUCUCUCCUGUGGCUCUUGACUCUCGUGAGCCGCAACAUGGAGCUCCUGCGUGCAGUGGCGCACCUCGUUCUUCAGUUUAACGCGCAAUUUGCAUCGCUGCUGGAGGUCAACGAAGGGGUGAUGAACAACCUUCGCGAGCGGCAUCAGCAGCAACUCGCCUCCCUGCUGGAGGUGGCCGACAGCCACACCGCCUCGGACAUGAUCGUCGACUCCACAGUGACGGAGCGCGUGGUGCACCAGCAGGAGCAAGAGCUGGACCGCCUCGAGCGCCAGUGCGGUGCGGCGGAGCGGCAGCUGGAGGUGCAGCUGCAGCAAACCCUCUUUAUCUUUCUCCACACCUCCGCCCCGGAUGCGAUGGCGGCGGCAAAUCGGAGGGUGGACGCGUUGGACUGGAUGACAGGUAACCCCAACGGCAGCGGCAACGGCGUCGGCGCCGAUGGUCUGUACCGUGCCGAAGUUGACGUCAGUCGUUUCGCUGAAAUUCGCAAGGUUGCGCCGCGCCACCAACACCAAAACACCGCUGCUGUGGCUCCGUUUUCCCCGUUGUGCCUCGUGCCCGUGCGCACCAUCAAGCUGGACAACGAAGUUGGCAGCGUGUCGGCCAACUUGGCCAGCUCCCCCACCCGCAAACGGGCCAACGACGUCACGUUGCAGCCGAUUAUUCUCGAUGUUUCUCCCCUCUCCGGGUUGACGCGCUGUCUCACGUGUUGCUCCGGCACGCAGCCGGGCGCCGUCUCGUCGUCCGUGUCCAAUGCGGCGGAGGAGCACUUGCUACGUCUUGCGCACACUCGUCACUCCGUGCUGUUGCUCAUCGGGACAGAGGCCGCCGCCCUUGAGGUAAUGGCCACCUGCAAAGCACCAGAGCUGCUGCUCGGUGCCACGCACACCUGCCGUGAGCGCUUUCGACCUCUGCCGCAUCAUCCGGUGUUGCGCGUGCUCUUCACCACUCGGUUAUGGGGUGCCAACGUGGUGCUGUUGUGGAACCCGUCGCAGGAGCCCCGCGCUGGCUGGCCAACCUCGUCGUCGGCAGCUGCGCAGACGGUGGUGGAGGACGCGUUGCAGCUCGCCUACGCGUGGGAUGCGGAUAUGUUCUCCGUCGCCGUGCUAGAGGGCGCACGGCUACCCCAAUACCCGUCAUCGGACGCCACAAAUGCCGGGACGCAAACAUCCGCUCCGCCCUCCUCCCCCGCCGCUGCGUUUUUUGCGGGACAAGCGAUGUCGAUGGAGGUGCUGCGGCAGCUGCGCAACGGAGUCACGCGUGAGCUUCUCGAAACCGCCGGCACCCGCCGCGCCCGCUGCUGGCAGGGAUCUUCCGCGUGGCUGCAGCUGGGUGGAGGGUCGGUCGACACCGCCGGCACACACAUGUGUCCGCGUGCGGUCGGGGUGUUGUACGUAAGUCAAGCAGCAGCAGCAGCCGCAGGUGGCGGUGGUGCCUCCACCAGCUCAGUGGCUGCAAGCCCAACAGCAGUGACGGCGGCAGCUGCAUCGCCAUCCCCUGCUUCCGUCUCUGCGGCAUCGUCUCCGCUGCAGUCCGCCGCUUCCUCGCCCACGAGUGUGUUUCGUGGCCCACCCGUCACCUUCAACACUCCGUUGGCCAUCCGCGCCUUUCUUCCGCUGUCCGAGGAGUACUUUAUUAAAGAUCAAUUGAACCGCCGCGGUGCUGAGCAUAACAAGUUGAAUAGCAGUAACAGCGGCAGUCGGGAUCGGCGUGGUGCCGGCAGCUACGCCGGACGCGGCGCUGGGGCUGCGAUGGCGUCCGGGUUGGAGGAGAACCUACAGGAGGAGGUCGAAUUCUCGCACGACAGCUUCACGGCGUCGUCGCUACCGAGGGCGUCGCGGAGUGGCUUUGGUGACGGCCCGGAGAAUGGCGGCUACGGUGAUGCGGCCUUCCAGCGAGAGCGGCAGCGCGAGACGAUGGGUUUGGAGGCACUCAUACACUACGCUUUUGGUGAAUUCGCUGAAGCACUGUAA